UCCAUGUCGGACCAGCUUCUGCACCCUCUCUGCAAUGUUUCUCUUUCAUUUUUAAGAUGACAAGGCCGAUAUUUCUUUUUGAAAAACACUCCAGCCUGGGAGGUCUGUAUGCUGCACCUCCACACAGACGUGGUUCUUCAGGUUUUCCAGACAUGGUGGAAGUUGUGAUUUUUCAACGUUACCUUGAACAUGCGCAGACGUUGUAGGCCACAACUGCAGAUACCCAGAAAAGGAAAGCUCGAAAUCCGGCAGUGUGUCUGCUUCAAGGACAGGACAUGUCUGUGAUGUUUGGAAAAAGCAGGACGAGUGUCUCGGCCCCUGUGGCUGAGCGGAGUCAGACUGAGAGGAGUCAGACUGAGUGUCAUGUGGUGGUUCUUGGUGUGAUGGGCUCUGGAAAGUCAGCACUGACGGUGAAGUUUCUUACGAAGCGCUUCAUCAGUGAAUAUGACCCCCACCUGGAGGACAUCUACUCCUCAGAGGAGAUGGUGGACCAGCAGGCGGUGGUGGUGAAGGUGAUGGACACUGCUGACCAGGACGGUCCUGUGAAUACCCAGCGCUACUUGUCCUGGGCCAACGCCUUCCUGGUGGUCUACAGCAUCGAUAACAGACAGAGCUUUGAGGGCUCUCAGCAGUACCUGGAGACAGUGGCCCGUCAUAAUAAAGGCCUUCAGGAGGACGCUCCCAUCAUCCUGCUGGGCACCAAGCUGGACAUGGAGAGAUACAGGCAAGUUAGUACAUCUGAUGGCUCAGCCCUCGCAGCUCGUUUUGGCUGUUUGUUCUUUGAGGUGUCGGCCUGUCUAGAUUUCCUGUCAGUUCAACAUGUUUUUCAUGAGGCCGUGAGGGGCGCCAGGCGGGAAGGGGAGAGGAGCCUUCCACUACAACCCUUCUACAUCAAUGAGGACAAACCUCUGGUCAGCAUCUCCACUGUGCCUCCCUUCACCACACCGUGCUACAAGGAGCUGCCAGCUCCUGCCACCGCUAAGCUGGUCACAGUCAAGUCGUCCAGGGCCCAGAGCAAACGCAGGGCCCCGACACUCACACUGCUCAGAGGCUUUAAGAUCUUCUGAUCCAACUGCUGCUACCGAGGUAGAAGGGCAAGUUCAAAGAUCAGUGAGAGAAAUACAAAGCGAGGAUGUGAGGAGAGCUACACAGUGGAAGGUGAAGGAUAAGACUUUGUGCCUGAGAAUGUGUUGUCUUAUGAGCUAAAAUGGCUGUUACCAUUGGGGGUGGGGGGCACCAUUUGCUGUUAAAUACUUUGUAUUCUCUUGUGAUUGGUGGACUAAAUGCAAACUGAAUGUUAAUUGAUAAAGCAUUUUGUAAGAGUGAAUGUUGCAGGGGAAUUACCAAUGCAUUGUACCAUCCACAACCGCGGGG